GAGAGAAAACGUUCAUCAGUUUGCGAGAAGAACUUACACGGAGCGGAGCGAACGCUUCACGAGAGAGCAGCGACAGUGUGGCGUAUUUUUCAAUUUUGUUUUGCCUCUCGAUAAACCGGAAGGAUUGUUUUUGUGAAAUUUCGUGAUGAAAUUAUGUGAAUUUGAUGAAAUGAGUACCGAAACCAAUUGUUAACAAAAGACUGCAUUUUUGACACGAGGAUUUUCUGCUGAAACAAAAUUCGAGAAAAUGGAGCCACAAGUGUCAUUAUCUCAGCUAUUAUUCCUCUUUUGAACGUCACGUUGCAAUAUUCACGUUGGAAUAUUUUCUUUCAUGGAGUAAUGAAGAUUUGAGCGGGAAAAGCGUCAAGAAGCAAUGUGGAAAUUGUCGUGCAUUGUUUUCUCGCUGAUUACGAUCGGCUAUUCCUCAACACAGGAUCGGCACGGAAGUACGGACAUUUCUAGCAGUUUUCGCAAUCAUGAGAAUCAGAGAUAUCGUUCGGAAGUGCGAGAAUACGAGGAUGAAAGUGGUGAAAGGUACGAAAAUUCCCGGCUCGAUUCGGAUGAGUACGAGGACGAGGAGUUGAUAGGAAAAUGGCGAAACAGUGGCUCAGCGUUGGAGCCAAAAUGGAGAGACGGUGACGCGUUGCCGCGGGUUCCAUUCGACGAUUCAUCGAGAAGAAAGAAACUGCCACUCGGGAAGUUAGCAAGCGAGGAGGAAGGGAAAAAAGUGCGUGACUCUGUUGGAACUUCGGAAGAAGAAUCGUCGAAGGUUCGAUUCGACGAUGAAGAAACCAUCGACAGAAUUCCCAUUCCUAUCGGGAAUCGAGGUUUUUUUUCUCAGAGGAAAAAAGAAUCUGUGGAGGAAGAUGAACGUCACGACGAUUUACGAGGACGAAAUAAUGGCUUUUCGCGUCGUGAAAAAUUCGCGAGAAUUCCCGGCACUCGCUUGAUCGAUUCGAUGCUCUAUGAAAUAAACGACGAAACUAAGAAUCCUGUCGAACCAACAAGAAGACCCGGAAGACUAAGGAAUCGACAAUUUGCUUAUAAUACGGGGUCGGAUGAUUCGAGGUCACGUUACAGCGACACUUUUCAAGCUCAUCCAAACGAGUACGAGCUUAUUGACGAAGAAUACCAGAAACCGAGACCGAGGAAGCGUCGACCACCUCAACAUUACGAAUUCGUCGAAACACGAGGCGAAACGAGGGCUCCGACUUAUUCCAUAACUUGGAGCACAGAAAAAUAUAUCGACGGUACUGGAGACACGGAGAAAUUGUCAACGAGAUCAAUGAGGAAACCGGAAGUGUCGACGCGACGUGCAAUUCACGAGAAAAAAGUGGUUCGCGCCCGAGAACGUAACAAAUCGGGUAAUUUGAAUUCGAAAAGAAAAUCCGAAAACGCGGAGCUCAAAAGUCUCCUGAAAAUGCAGCAGAUCGAAGGUUCGAGCCUUUCAGAACUUUUGCAAAGACGGAAUUUAACUUUGAACGACCUACUGCAAGGGAAAGCCGAAGUUUUGAACGUUUUGAAGUCAGCUGACAACGAAAGUGCCGAAGUAAUUGAUGUCAAACCGAAAAUAUACGAAACGGAAAAGUUUUACGCUGAUACCGAUAAACAUUUCGGAAACAACGCGUCAGGCAGUCUCUUCGUUCUGAAUUCCACUACUAAUGAAAUCCUGAGAAAUUUGAGAAACAAAAAUCACGUGGAAACUGAUACGAGCACGAGGGAACCAGUGAAGGAAGAAUCUGGAGAACAAAUGGAUUCGGCCGAGACCGAAGUCGGUCAGAGGAAUUCCAAUGAAAACGAGAAACUCUCGGCCAUCGUUCGAUUGACGAAACCAAUAAUUCUGCCACAUUCGAAUGGAUUCUCCGAAGAAAAGCUCGUCGAAGAUACGGAAAAGGAAAUAAAGUUCGAAAAUUCUCACGGUCACAAUCAAAGUGUUGAAAAUUUGGGAAAACAAGAAAAAUUAUCGUUACUGAAUAUCGAUGAGGAUGAAAUAAUGGAAUUUUCAGAUUUCACCAUGAAGAAAAUAGAAUCUACGACAAUUCCAGAUAAGGAAAGUACAGAAAAAGGGAACAAGAUUAAAUUUGACGAAGAAUCCGGGUUCACUUUGAGCAUUGAAAAUAUUUUGAGUAGCACUCAACAAACACCACGAAUUUCAUCGGAGAACGAGACGAAAAUAUUGGAUGGAAAAGUGAAUAUAGUUGCGAGCGAUCGAAACACCUCGAGUCCUGAUGUUUAUCGAAUUAUGGAUCUCGAUUACCAGAGCGACGAGCCUCGUGAAUUGAGCAAGAAUGAAAAUGUGAAAAAAGAUGAAAUGAACGAAGAUAAGGAACUGACGAUGAGCGACGAGCCUUACAAAAUAUCGACUACGAAAACGGAGGAACUUUCAAUUCAAAAUCCUAAUUCUCCGAAAAAUCACCUAAUAUUUUCAACAACUAGCAAGCCUUACGAGCUUGUAAUAUCGGAAAUCGAGCCGGAAGCACGUGCAGAAAUUUUCGAAUUAUUCAGCACAGGUUCAAGCGCGAAGCGUUUAGAACGUUUAUUAAAAUCGCGAAACAUGAGCAUAGACGAGUUAAUCGAACUGAGACAAAGAGGUUCAAGUCGAGUGCACCUCGCGGAAAUUUUACAUUCUCGAGAAACUGCCGAUUCGCGAAAUUACAAGCAGAACGACGUAACUACAAUUAAAUCACCGAGGGAAACAACGGUCACGGAGGAAAUAGGUCUGGAACCAACGACAGAGGACCUUUCGGACAUAGAGAUCGAUUCGGCGUCGAGAGAGACGACAGAAACGGAAAGGAUGUCGGAAGAAACAUACAUUUCAUCGAUCGGUACAGAAAGACCGAAAUUUGAUCCCACAACCGUGGAAAAUGAAGGAAAAAAUGAAAAUAUACUGGAAUUAUUGAAGGCCUUCGAUUCUCUGCCAUUUUCAAUCCGUCCUGAAGGAGCGAGUACAGAAAAAUCCUUGGAAUCUGAGAAAACCGAGUCGUCAUCCAUCGUGAAUGGGAGCACCGUUCCUAAAAUUGAAUCCCCGGAUUCACCAACGAAUCUCGUUGAGAUUGGCGUAGUGGAAGAAAUCGUUGAAAAAUCCACACCGAGCGAGAAAGAAAUAACUGUAACAAAUAUUCGCACCGAUUAUUCAACAAUCACGAAGAAAACAAGUGAAAAAAGAAAUUUAUCAAAAGUACGUCCGAGCAUAAUUGCCAGCGGGGCUAUACUCGGUGUCACAAUUGUUGUAUUUCUUGCGAUAUUCAUUGUCUGUCGUAUAAAACAGAAACAAAAGUACACUUACAGGAACACCUUUUCGAGAUCUGUUUUUCAAGGGCCAGCUAUGACAGCGAGAAAACUAUCAAAUUCGAGCAGUCUAAAUACAAUUAUGGUAAACGUCGUCGCGACUUCGACGAGUAAGAGACCUGAGCGACGAGACAAUCACGAAGUUGAACACUUCGAAGCGCAGGGCGAUAUUGAAAAUGAUUCUUUGGAUGCCAAUGACAGUUGGGAAACAAUACCAGAUUUUAUGAAAUAGAUAAAACGUUUCCUUUGACAAUCAGAUCAAGUUUUGUUGGGCUGUUCGAAACAACUUGUUUAUCAGAACAAUCAGACCUGAAAAAAGCAAACUAAAGAAUUUUUUACUUUCAUCAUUUUCCUAAGAGACCUUGAAAAAGAAAUGGUAGUUUGAAAAAAGCUCAAUUUCUUGUUGUUGAGCCAAUUGUUGAAUUAUGCUAGAAUUUUUUAGUUUUAACAUAAAAAUUUUGUGGAUGAAAAAACAACAAGUAGAUCGACAUCCCAAUAUUUUGUAGUAUUAAUUGACCAUCGGUUUUUAUCGUAGAUAAAACUCGUUAUCGAAGGCUGAUCUUUCAAUUCGAACAAUUCCGAUUAUGAGAGGAAUUGUUCGGUAUUUAUUCUAAUUUUCGAUCGGGACACUAACCAAAAAAAAAGCACCGGAAUGAAGACGAACGGUUGUACAAUACUAGGAAGUAUUUCAAAAUAUUGUUGAAUUAGGGCUUUAACGUAAAUGUGUAUUUUUGUACUAUCGUCGUAUAUUUAUUGCUGCACUGUAAUGCGAUUUUGUUUUGUAUUAAAAAAGUGUAAUAAUCAUUUUUAUAAUAGAUCUUUGUGAUUAUUUA